GAGGGAGAGCGACGAAGGAAAUAAACCGAACGAGAAGAGAAGCAGAGCCUGAAGCAGAAUCGAACUUGCAGAGACGCUUUUCCUCUCUCUCGCCCGUCGCCUGCAUUUUCCGGUGGAUCGGUCCUCCGCCGUCUCGCUGCUCCGCGCGUCUCGCCGCCAGCAGGACUACUUAAAUCCCAAAUGUCUAAAGCAACAAUAGAUCUCCCUCCAAAAGGUGGAUUUAGUUUCGAUCUGUGCAGAAGAAAUGACAUGCUGUCAAAGAAGGGUGUUCGCCCUCCUUCAUAUAGGAAAACUGGAACUACCAUUGUUGGAAUAAUUUUUCAGGAUGGAGUUAUUCUUGGAGCAGAUACUAGAGCUACUGAAGGGCCAAUAGUUUGUGAUAAGAACUGCGAGAAAAUCCACUACAUGGCACCAAACAUAUAUUGCUGUGGUGCUGGGACUGCUGCUGAUACAGAGGCUGUGACAGACAUGGUAAGCUCACAGUUACAGCUGCAUCGCUACCAUACGGGCCGAGAAUCUAGGGUUGUGACAGCUUUGACCUUUCUUAAGCGACAUCUUUUCAACUAUCAAGGUCAUGUCCAAGCUGCUUUGGUACUUGGCGGUGUUGAUUUCACAGGACCUCAUCUACAUACGAUAUAUCCCCAUGGAUCAACUGACACAUUGCCAUUUGCUACGAUGGGAUCUGGUUCUCUGGCUGCAAUGUCUGUAUUUGAAUCAAAGUAUAGGGAAGGCUUAACUAAAGAUGAAGGAAUUAAUCUUGUUUCCGAGGCGAUCUGCGCUGGUAUAUUCAAUGACCUGGGAAGUGGAAGCAAUGUUGAUAUUUGUGUAAUAACAAAGGGUCACAAGGAAUACCUCAGAAACCACCUUUUGCCAAAUGCUGAUGUUUAUGCACUCAAGAGAGAGUAUACUUUUCCUAAGAAGACUGAGGUUCUGCUAACGAAAAUCACGCCAUUGAGGGCGAAAGUCAAAAUCAUUGAAGGAGGAGACGCAAUGGAAGAGUAAAUCAUCACUGGGGGGUAGGAGAGGAUUGAGCAUUUUAAUUGGCUUUAUUGCAGCUCCAAUGCUUCAUGAACAGGUGCAGGGAUGGGCGCAUCUAAACUUGAGUAGAUGGUAGGCCUUCAAUUAGAAAGCUAGAGCGAUUGAUUGCUUGUUCAUCCUUUGUGCACUUAUGCUUUGUGUGGCUCCAUCUUAAGUGACAUCUCAAGUUGAGCCAUGCUCCAAAGCGCUUGCUUUUUUAAUGGAUUUCGUUCAGGCAUGGUUUGAACUUUCCUCUGAAGUGUCCGUCCGUCAUGUGAAAUUUGUUUUAUGUGUCUGGAAGAACUGUUGGACCUGGCAUGA